CGACGUGGAAGUUGCAGGCGGGCCGGGCUGGAGAAGGAGACCAAGGCGGACCGAGGUGGCGGCACCAGGGCUGGAAUUGAGGCGCUGCCAAGCCCAGGCCCGUCUGUGAGGAUCGGCGAGGGAGGACAGGCGGUUCACCAUGGGUGGCUUUUAUUCAAGUAUUUUUUCUAGUCUCUUUGGAACCCAGGAAAUGAGGAUUUUAAUUUUGGGAUUAGACGGUGCAGGAAAAACCACAAUUUUAUACCGUUUACAGGUUGGAGAAGUCGUUACUACUAUUCCUACUAUUGGAUUUAAUGUAGAGACAGUGACAUACAAAAACCUUAAAUUCCAAGUUUGGGACCUAGGAGGACAGACAAGUAUCAGGCCAUAUUGGAGGUGUUAUUAUUCAAAUACAGAUGCAGUCAUUUAUGUGGUAGACAGUUGUGACCGAGACAGAAUUGGCAUUUCCAAGUCAGAAUUAGUUGCUAUGUUGGAGGAAGAAGAGCUGAGAAAAGCCAUUUUAGUGGUGUUUGCAAAUAAGCAGGACAUGGAGCAGGCCAUGACGCCCUCAGAGAUGGCAAAUUCACUUGGGUUGCCUGCCUUGAAGGAUCGGAAAUGGCAGAUAUUCAAAACAUCAGCAACCAAAGGCACUGGACUUGAUGAGGCAAUGGAAUGGCUGGUGGAAACAUUGAAAAGCAGGCAGUAAUUCAAUCACUCCAACUCCUCUGAAACAAAGACAUCGGAACAGGUGUGCUUCACAUGACUACAUGUAAAAACUGAUUGAUGGCAUAUACAGAACUGACUGCAACAUCUGUAAUAUAUAUUAAAAACACACACACAAGUAUUUGGUUGGAGGGAGGGAUAACUUGCAAAUCACAUGAGUGUUCAAUGUAAUGUAAAAUAGUUCUUCCUUACUCUCCUGUGUUAAGGUAUGCUAUUUGUAUGGAGUUCUUACUCGAAUAUAGUUCUAUUAAAGAAUGCACUCUUCUCAGGGGGAAAAAAACCCUCCUAUUUUUGAAUUAGUGGUUGCAUCUUGUUUGUAUAGACACUAACAGAUAUAUUAACUGAGGUUUUUUUCUCCCUUAAAAUAAAUUAAGUCUUCCUAAAGAUUAGACUCAGUAGAGUAGGCUAGAAACAUACUGUGUCCUAUAGCCUUCAUUUACUUACCUGACCACUGUUAAGCUUGAUCAUUUAAAAGCUUCAGGUUACAGCAGGCAUGAGUAUGAUUCUGGUGGCUAACUUUACUGGCUGAUCUGUAAUUCUCAUUCUAAGUACUUUAUAGACUUCAAAAAGUUUUACAUAUAUUGACUUAAUUGAUUCACACGGCACCCUUGU